AUGUGGGGGACGCCGGGCACGGGGGCGCGGAGCAUCCGCCCCUACAGCUCCAGCGAGCAGUACCUGUACGCCAUGAAGGAGGACCUGGCCGAGUGGCUCAAGGAGCUGCACGGCCUCAACAUCGAGGUGGGCACCUUCGUGGAGGUGCUGGAGACGGGGGCCGUGCUCUGCUCCCACGCCAACCACGUCACCCAGGUGGCCGGCGAGUUCGCCCGCGCCCGCCCCGAGGUGGCCCRGCACCUCCGCCUGCCCACCGCCGGCGUCGCCUGCAACCUGACGGCACAGCCGGGCACCUUCCAGGCCAGGGACAACGUCUCCAACUUCAUCCAGUGGUGCAGGAAGGAGAUGGAUAUCAAAGAUGUCCUGAUGUUCGAGACAGAGGACCUGGUGCUGCGGAAGAACGAGAAGAACUUCGUGCUGUGCCUGCUGGAGCUGGCGCGCCACGCUUCGCGCUUCGGGCUGCGCGCCCCGACCCUGGUGCAGAUGGAGGAGGAGAUCGAGGAGGAGMUCCGGCAGGAGCUGGACCUGCCCCCCGCAGACCCCGCCCUGCCCCGGCCCCCCAGAAAACCACGGGACCUCCACAACCUCGACCGGAUGGUGCAGCACCUGGUGAGCCGCUGUACCUGCCCCGUGCAGUUCCCCAUGAUCAAGAUCUCCGAAGGGAAAUACCGGGUGGGAGACUCGGACACCCUCAUCUUUGUCAGGAUCCUGCGGGAACACGUCAUGGUGCGGGUCGGGGGCGGCUGGGACACGCUGGAGCACUACCUGGACAAGCACGACCCGUGUCGCUGCACGUCGCUCUCUCACAAACAAGCCUGGAAAGCCCGGAGCCCGCAGCRGCAAGUGCAGCACGAGGUGCGGCURUGCCCGGCCCCGAAGGCGCCCGCCCGUAGCCCCCAGCCCUCGCUGCUGGUCAGCCGCUCCCAGAGCCCCCUGCCCCCGGUCACCUGGGGGGGCUCGGGUCCCCAGCCGGGUGCCAGCCCCCCCCGGGAGCCCCGGAGGGUCCCUUCGGGCAGGAUCCAGGAGCCACUCGCUGUCCCUUCGGGGAGGCAGCCGCCACCAUCCCUGUCACCCGCUCGGUCCAGCUCCCCCGGGCUCGGAGCGAGGGGUCGGGCACCCACCCCCUCCCGCCUGAGCGUCCCGAACGGCCCGGGGGUCCCCAGGGCACCRCAAGGGACCAGCGCGGGGAAAACCCCCCCGGUGGCACCGGCCCGGGGCAGGACCGCAGCACCCAGCCCUCGGACCGUGCCGGCACCUCCGAGAAACACCCAGCAAGGAGGAAAAUCAUCUGUGGUGGCUGCCAGGCCACUGGAAACGGGGACACCCGCUGCAAUCCGUGCCCCCAGCCCCUCAAAGAUCCGUGCCCCCUCCUCGCACCGAGAUGCCCCGGGACACUCAGGGAGCCAGAAAAGCCAAGGGGAAGGGAAGCAGGCAGCCCUUGGCCUGGGCCGGCAUUCCUCACUCCGGAAUUGCUCCAGCCAGCCCCCGAAACUGGACAGCAGCGUUAAAUCCCCCACCAAAGGCAGCCCCGCAACCUCCCGGCCCCCCACACCUCUGGCCCGUUCUGCAGAGGGGUGCAAGGUCUGCGCUGCGGGGAGGGGGACCCAGGGGACACGGCAGUGCCACCCAGCCCCGACCCCAAGGGCUGAGGGUGCUGAGCGACCUCGGGGGCCAGCGGGUGAAGCCGGGGGAGUUUGUUGCCCUGGAAAUGGGAGCCAGGGCCUCCGGAGGUGCUGGGAGAACGCGCAGCCCCCCGGCUAUGACAGGGUGGUGGAGGAGCUCUCCCGCGGGCUGCAGCCCCUGCGCCCCGUGGGGAYGGGGAGCCAGGUCCCCAAAACCGCCGCAGGAGCUGCCCCAGAGCCCAGCACCCUCCGAGCCCCGGGGGAGGCACAGGGUGGGGGCCAGACCCCGCGGGGAGCAAGGACCAGCAACGCCCCCAAGCCCCGGCGGUGCCUGAAGAAGCCCGAGCGAGUGCCCUCCAUCUACAAACUGAAGCUGCGGCCCAAGGUGCGGCCCCGGCGGGACCACAGGCCGGGCAAACGCCCUUCGCGCAUCCCCACCCCGCUGGGGCAUCGCCCCCCUGCCCCUCGGGGCCAACACCGCCCCCCGGGACCCCCCCGAGCCCCCCAGACCAGCAGCGCUCGCCCCACGGCCAAACCCUCCCUGGGGGACAGCGGUGCCUGGCUGAGCGAGGAUGAUGAGGAGUCGUGGGUCUGA